AUGGCCACUGGACGUUUCACCGAUUACUUUGCCGAGGAAACUGAAAGGGUUGGGAAUGGAGGAGCCCGCUUGGGAAAUACGGCGAGACGUGUGGAUAAUUUGGAAACUAGAUUAGACAGAAUUGCCCAUUUCUGUGCCUUGGAAAGUAGACAAGUGACUGAUAUGCUAGAAGCCCUCGAUAGAAAAAUUCAAAAACUAACGGAAGCUGUCGAGAACGGGAGACAAAAUCGCUCUGAUACUGAGGGUGAAGCGACUGCGGCCGGGACGAGUGCAGCAGCGGGGGCUGAGGAAGGAGCGGCCAAGACUUCUGCAAACGUUGAGCAAAUGGAAACGCUUCCGAUCCCACUUGAACAGACUUCGUCCGAAUCGAACUCAAGUGAUAGGUGUCGGGUGUUGAAGAGACUGCUCGAAAAUUUGAGCAAGCUGAUUGGAAAUGGUGGGGAGGCAUCCACGAUUAUAGAACACUGUCAGAUCUUUGAGGGUCUCACCGAGGAGGAGCUGGCAGACCUGUGGACCGCCGCAGGGAUUCCUGAUCCGGAUGCACACCCAGAUCCAGCGGCGAUUGCCGAGGCCCGAGCUAGAUUCGAGAUGGCAUUGGUCGAGCGCGUCUUGAAUGUGAGCUCAGCGGCUUGGGAUGACGACAGACAAUUUCGAGUGUUCUUCUUGAUUCUAGUCGGGGCUGAACAUGAGGAAAGGCUGUCCCGCGACACCAACACCGCUUUAUGGGAGCGAGUUUUUGAGUAUCGCCGACUAUCAAUAUUGAAUCGGCCAUCGCGCAACAACGAAACGCCAACUGAUGUGGAUAUGGCGGAGUUUAUGGUGGAGAGACCGGUCAGGGAAUCUCCCCCUCGAACUUUUAGCGAAGCCAGGCAAGCACUGAUGGCGGAUCAUUUCCGAGUAAUGAGAAACGCCGAGGAAGUCAUCGGUCGUGCACAGCGGGCCAUUACUAGAGCCGAGGAAACGAUUCAGCGUGAGAGGGGUGCACUUGUUACCUUGCGCCAGGAAGAUGAGCGAGCCGAAAUGGACAGGGAGCUGGUCGAAGUCGAAGGUAGGGCCAUUGGCGAGGAAGACCUUGGUAGCGCCACCCCAAAGCGCGCGAAUCUUGGUGGAGAGGCAAGCGGCUCGAAGCGUAGGAGAUUGGAUGCUGAAUGA